AUGGGGUUUUCACGGCCACGAUACAACCAGAAAGCAAGGUCCCACAGGUCAGCACCACAAGAAGAAAACAAGAAUCAAAACUCGGGCGAUUACUCCGGGGUCGAAUCAGCCGUUGAUCAUGAAGACCUCAGAUCCAGUUCGAAGCCACCUACCAUCUCUACCGUCAACCAAGAAAGUGAAGAUCAGGGACCUAUGUCAAAGAAGAAAAGGAAACGAUUCGAAGCUUACGUCCAGAAGAAGUUAAAAAAAGAGCGCAGAAAUGAGCUCAUUCAGGGAUUAGAGAAAACACAAUCCUCAGUUAAGGACCCUUCGGCGUUUAUCUCCACCGCCCACCUUUGCUCCUCGUCCGUUGCGAGAACUCAGCGAGAGCUUAAAGCCACAAUCGCCGAGGUUGAGACGAGACGUAGAGAACGGGCUCGGGGCCUGAUUUCCUCAAAGCAAAAGCUCCGAUCCGGCUAUCAUAGUCAGACUGAUAAUGAAGACGAAUCCGAACCAACCCCCGUCACGAACCCGUUUUCGGGAGCUGUCGAAAUUCGCAGUGCUUCAUCCGAAUCCAAGAACAUGUCAAAAGAGACAUAUCCCCAGCCUUCAAAACCUACUGACUCGCCAACAACAGCACGCCACAAGGUGGUCAUCGGCAGCGCACUUGCUUCUGGCGCCGUAACUACACAUGUCAAGCGCCCUUCGAAAAAGAAACGAAAACCGAAUAGGGCCCCUUCGGUUUCUGAUGACGACGACGAUUCCUUUGACGACUCAGGAUCUUCGACUUCUGCCUCAAUAGCAUCGGACGAACCAGACCAAUCUCAAACCUCAUCUUCAGGAAGCAGCUCGUCAGCAUGGCCCGAUGAAGAAGAGUGGAAAGGCUGUGACGAUACCUUACCAGUCGAAGAGGCGUUGGAUACUCCACGAAACCAGCCACAAACCGCGCUCACAUCGGAACUAGCACCCAGAGUCAAGGGCAGUAUUCGAGAUUGGGCCAACAAGCAGCUACAACUAGCCGAAGAAAACCCUGAUCUUGAAGCCACAACCUCAACUUCCGUCCCUAAGACGGUACCCGCUCAUUUAUCAACCAUCAAAUCGACGAAAACUGCGCCGACUCGUUGCGGACCAUUGGGAGCGCCUUUGGAUUUACCAGAAACACCUCUCUUCCUUCAUCAAAAAACGUCCCAUGUGCCACUUGAACGAGAAGAAGAAGUCAUCGCCUCCCGUUCUCUGCUUCCGGUAUUUGCGGAAGAACAUACCGUCAUGGAUGCUAUCCGACGACAUCCGGUUGUAGUCAUUUGCGGCGAGACAGGUAGUGGUAAAACAACUCAAGUACCCCAAUUUAUGUAUGAGGCUGGAUGGGGAAAGGUCGAUGGCGACAAUCCGGGUCUUAUUGGAGUCACUCAACCUCGCAGAGUAGCUGCCGUCAGUAUGGCUCGUCGAGUGGAGAAGGAAAUGGGACUUACGGGCAAGGGUGUUGUUUCCCAUCAAAUUCGUUACGAUACCACAACCAGCUCGACCACUAAAAUCAAAUUCAUGACAGAUGGUGUCAUUCUACGAGAGCUCGCGGCCGAUUUCUUGCUAUCCAAGUACAGUGCUGUCAUUGUCGACGAAGCUCACGAGAGGAGUAUCAACACGGACGUCUUGAUCGGUGUACUGAGUCGUAUCGUGCGAUUAAGACUGAAGACGUGGAUGGAAAGCAUAUCCAGCCAGAACUCCGAUCACCACUCGGCUGAGAAGACCUCCAACCCGGAUACACAAACCAGCCUCUGCCGUCGACCUUUGCGAUUGAUCAUUAUGUCAGCAACCCUGAGGGUUUCGGACUUUACCAUGAAUAAAUGCCUUUUUUCCGAGCCACCUCCCGUGAUCGAAAUCGCGGCACGUCAGUUCCCAGUUGCCGUUCAUUUCAUGCGAAGAACCCCGAUGGACUACGUCACGGAAGCCUUUACCAAAACAGCCAAGAUUCACGCUCGCCUGCCGCCUGGCGGCAUUUUAAUCUUCUUAACAGGUCAGCUCGAAAUCACGAAACUUUGUCGAAAGUUGGAACAAAAAUUCGGAAAGAAAACGGUCGAGGAGAGGAAGGCUCGAAAGGCGGCCCUUCAGUCCAAAUCUUUCACGCUUCCCUGUGCACAGGCAUUCCCAUCAGCAGGAGAUCGUGAUGGCACUGUUCAUGGAGAUAGUCCACAUGAAUUGGUUGCCCAAGUGGAAGGCUUUUCUUCUGGGGAAGCAGAACUGAUCCAUUUGGGUAGAGACAAGCACGAGUUUGCUGCUGACGUCGACGAGGGUCAAGAAUGGGAGGAAGACCCAGAGGCGCUAGACACUGAUGAAGAGGACGACCAAGUUUUGGAAAGGGUUGACUUAGUCGAAGACAGUGAUGUACCCAUGUACAUUUUACCCCUUUACUCUCUUCUUCCAACCGACCAGCAAAUGAAAGUUUUUGAAGACCCGCCACCCGGUACCAGACUGGUCGUCGUUGCGACCAAUGUCGCUGAAACAUCUCUGACGAUUCCAAACAUCCGCUACGUGAUAGAUAGCGGACGCGCCAAAGAACGGCAUUACGACCUUUCUACUGGAAUCCAAUCUUUCGAAAUAGAUUGGAUAUCCAAAGCUUCAGCUUCCCAGCGCUCGGGUCGAGCUGGUCGAACUGGUCCCGGUCAUUGUUAUCGGCUGUAUUCUUCAGCUGUGUUUGAAAAUUACUUCCCUCAGUUCGCGAAGCCAGAGAUCCAACGAAUACCAAUCGAUGGAAUCGUCCUGCAAAUGAAGUCGAUGAACAUUGAUACAGUCACCAACUUUCCUUUCCCUACCCCCCCUGACCGGUUUGCGUUGAGAAAAUCAGAAGUAUCGCUGGCCCAUCUCGGGGCUUUAUCAUUUCCGCAAGGUCAAAGUGAUUGGUUCAUGAAAGGCGAUCCCGGAGGUGAGGGAACAAUUACGGAUCUGGGGCGAGCGAUGGCGAAAUACCCUCUGAGCCCCCGAUUUGCUAGGAUGCUAGUUUCCGGCUUCCAGUAUGACUGUCUGGCGUAUGUGAUUGCAAUGGUGUCGAUCCUAUCGGUUGGCGACCCAUUCAUCCACGAAAGCGCAAUCGAUGAAGAUAAUCCGACCGAUUGUCUUGACGAGCAGGCCAUCAAUGAAACCGAACUACUCAAAAACGCCGAUUGCAAGGACCGAGAGAUUCGCAGGCAAAAAAGGCGGCAGUUCUUCAAAGUCCAGCAACAGUUUGCGAGCUUGGGUAGUGGUGUUAGUGAUCUGUUUAAAACUCUAGCGGUCGUCGGAGCUUACGAAUUCGGGCAGGGUAAUAACCCUUCAAAGUUCUGCCACGAAAACUUUGUCCGACCUAAAGCUAUGGAAGAGAUACAUAAAUUGAGAGCUCAGAUCACUAGGAUUGUUCAAGCUGCGACCAUAGAAACCGGACUGAAAGUCGAAUUCUCACCUAGUUUGAUGCCACCAUCCGAAACCCAGUUGAAAGUUUUAAGACAAUUAAUCACAUCAGCCUUCAUCGAUCAAGUCGCGAUCAAAGCCAGCAAAGUGAAAUCUUGUCAGUCCAGCUCCGGAAAGCCGAACGUAAACAGUCACACUAAAAAUUUGGCUGCCUAUCGGGCCAUUGGAAUCGAAGAAGAUGUCUUCAUCCACCCGAGUUCAGUUCUGUUCGAUUCUAGCGUCCAUCCGGACCCUGAGUUUAUCGUCUUUCAAGAACUUCACCGGACCGAAAAGCGAAUCUGGAUCAAAGGAAUCACUUUAAUUAAUCCUUCUUGGUUACCCGUCUUGGGUAAAUCUCUGUGUACCUUUUCCAAGCCGAUCGAAAACUCCAUCAACAAGAUUCCUUCUCGUGCUACAGACACUGAACGUAAAUGCAUCGUAAUUCCCAAGUUUGGUGGACCGACCCUGGACGUUGAGUUAGGUCCAGUUCAAAUGACUCAACGCAAAGUCGGUAAUCUCUGGGUUUGGGUGUAG